AUGGAAAAGGUGUCAUUCCUCUUCAAUAACCUCAGUCAGAGCAAUCUUCCCAAAAAGACCGAAGAAAUGAAGGCGAUGAUGGCUGAAUAUGGUGAGGAUUUUGUGCGAUGGCUAGCACAGUAUAUGGUCAUGAAACGAGUCAGUAUUGAGCAAAAUUUCCAACCGCUUUACAACAAUUUUUUGAUAGCAAUUGGUGACGAACAGCUGGAAAAAUUCGUUAAGCAGGAAACAUUCCGGAAUAUCAAAAGUUCUAACAGCGGUGAGUCUUUUUUUUUGUUGUGUGUAUAUUGCGAGUUCGGUGAACGAACCAAGAGUGGACAGGAAAAAGAUGCUGAUCUGUCCGAC